UGGAGACUUAAUGUUUGACUGGCAGUUACGACCUGCCUACCGUUUUGACAAAACAGGAGAGAUCUGCUUCUGUUGUACUCCCAAAAUAUCUGAUAAAUAGAGAGAGCAGUCUGCUUUUUUCCAACCACAUCAUAAUUAUCUGCCCUGUUUUAUAAAACCCAAGACAAUGGCUGAGGCAAUGGAAAACGGAACUGGGACUGACAAGAAGGUGAUGGUGGCCAUUGAUGAAAGCGAUUGCAGUCACUAUGCUCUCAUGUGGGUUCUUGAGAACCUCAAAGACUCCAUAACCAAGUCUCCCUUGAUCAUCUUCGUGGCUCAGCCUCCUGCCACCGGAAAUAUCACAUUCGCUGCGUCUCUCGGCGUUGCUCGCAUGUAUUACCCCAUUUCAUCCACUCCGGGAUAUGUUGAAUCUGCCCAGGAAAAUCAUAGGAAGUUUGCGGUGGCUCUGUUGGAGAAAGCUAAACAGAUAUGUGCUAGUCAUGGGGUAGAGGCAAAGGUAGUUACAGAGAUUGGGGAUCCUAAAACAGCCAUAUGUGAUGCUGUUGAAAAACACGACAUCAAUUUGCUUAUUCUAGGGGAGCGUGGACAUGGAACAAUCAAAAGAGCCAUACUUGGCAGUGUCAGCAACUACUGCGUUCAAAAUGCUAAGUGCCCCGUUCUGGUUGUGAAGAAAGCACAAGUUCAAGUUGCUUGACAUGAUCCAGAUUUCAGGAUGUAAAUAAUAUGCAUAAUUAAGAAGCAUGUAGUGUGGCAUAUUAAUUGUGUUUAGAUUUGGAUGAUUCUGGUAUCCGGAGAACGAUGGCAACUUAAACUGUUGACAGAAUCUGGGUGACAUAUGUUAGUCUUCUUAUGUAUCAUGUGUUACCAAAACUUGCUGGACUUAUAAGCAGCAAGCCAUUUUCUAUUAGAUUUACCGUGUGUGUUCACAUGCUUGAAACUUUUAGAAACAAAGAGAUUACUAGACUUUGAAAAGAGUGAUGUAUUUUCAUAAGUUGUUCCAAAGUUUUAUGGACAAUACAUAAUUU